UUCCCAACACACACAGGUGGUCGAAGAAGACGAGAGAGGAAGGAAGAUCACAAGCUCUGAUAAGUCAUGCGAACCUUUGCUGCUCGCCUCGCUAACCAUUUUCGGAGAGGGAGAAAUGGGUAUCCUCGAUCUCGGAACUUCUCCUCGUUGACCAAGAAAGAUGACCUAACAUUGGAGGAAGAAGCUGAGAGGAAAAUAGGAUGGAUGCUGAAGCUUUUCUUUGCUGGGACAGCUACCUAUGUUGGAUACCAGUUCUUCCCUUAUAUGGGUGAUACUUUGAUUCAGCAAUCAGUCUCGCUUUUACAUGUGAAGGAUCCCUUGUUUAAGAGAAUAGGUGCUUCUAGACUUUCCCGUUUCGCCAUUGAUGAUGAGAGGAGGAUGAAGGUUGUAGAGUUGGGUGGGGCUCAAGAGCUUCUUCACAUGCUGGGCGCUGCUAAAGAUGACAAGACAAGGAAAGAAGCUCUAAAAGCUCUUGCCGCUCUCUCUAAAUCAGAUGAAGCUGCCAACUUCCUGGGAUCUAAAGGAGCACUCUCUAUCGUCAAAUCGACUCCAGAUUCCUCUGAAGAUUCAGACAUUUCAACUUACAAGUCAAACAUACUCAAGAAGCUAGAUGAUAAAGACCUACCUCUUUCUUCCAACUGAAUUUAGUCUUUUCAGAAAAUGGAUAGGUCCCAGGAAUGAUUAAGUGAACUCUUGAAUUUUUGUCCAAAGGAAAGAAGCAGUCUGAUUCUCUAGCUUAUAUUCUUACUGCUGAAUACUGUUUUGAUUCCAAUGUUCUUUGUUCAAAUGAAAAUAAUGGUUUAAGGAAUAAGUCUUAAAGAAUGUGCAACAGUUUUGGUUUCUCUGA